GGAUAAUCCCCCACCAUCACAGUUAUUCCUGUUUGCAAGCAGGCUAAGGAAGCUUUGAAGGGAGCCUGGGAAGAUGUGACUGUAGCAGGCUGCAUCGGUUAAGGGGGUGGUAGAUCUCGCAGCAGAGCUCGAGGCGUGUAAAUCCAGAGAAAGCGGCUGCUGUGCUGCUCAUGCCUGAGGGAGCCUGUGGAAGUCUUCUAUCAGUUAUCCAUGCAAAUGCCUGAUCCGGCCAAAGUGGUCUACAGUGGCAAGGAGUUCCACAGGUUCCACAACACUGGACAUCGAAGAAAAACUGGGAGCAGUGAAAGCACAUUCCAAGGAGAGCAAGCCUGAGAUCAGCUUCUUGGAGCGGCCUGGCCUGACUGGGAGACGUCUUGCUCUGCCCCGAGCAGAAACAGCAUCUUCAUGAAUGCUUAAUCCUUGACCGCAUUAGAGCACGCUCCAAGCACGAAUGCAUCCUCGCGGCCCCUGGAAGCAGAAGAAUGUCCCACUGGGCACAGCGCUGCAGCGGCAGGGAGCUCUCCCGAGGCCCACCGUCUCCACUGCCUGCUUCUCCAAAGCCCUGUUCUAGGGGACGGUCCCUCCUCCCAGAGCCAAAGACCUGCUCGAAGCUUCCCACCUCACUCCACUGACGGAUCCCCGGCAGGCUGGAGUUCAGGAAUCAAUGUAGGGUCACCCCACAAAAUCUACAUAUUGAUCCACCUGGCAGGCUCCCACAGGGUAAGCAAUACUUGGGUUUGAGAAGGCUGCUUGGUCACUCCGAUCUCUGCUGAUCCGCCAGACUCCUGAAGAGAAGAACGGCAGGUGCCUGAAUCCAUUUGGACCUGCAGGUGAAGAGCAACUGAGGCAGCAGCUGGCCAGACUUGCGCUACCUUCACAUGCAGGAACAAAUGAGCCAUUCCCAGGAAGGCUCUGGAAGGUUUUCGGCUGCGAGAAGGCAGAGCACAGAGCAUACGGAUGAGGAGCAAGGCCAGGUGGAUGGUGCUGGGAGAAGGGAGCUGAGCGUGCAGUUUAGGGACAGCGGUGAGAGUGAUGAAGAUCCUGACCCUCCCAAGGACCCGCUGCUGAACUCUCUGCCUGAGCUCUCGGUGCUGGAGCGGCUGGGCCUGCACAGAGUGGCUUUGACCGAGCAGGACGUGGAGGCAGCGUUCACGCACUUGGCACUGGCCUUCCGCUGCGACAUGUUCACCCUGCGGCGACGGGUGCAGGUGGAGGAGCGGGCGCGGGACGUGGCGGAGGAGAACAUUCAGCAGGAGCUGGAGGAGUGCCGGGCAGCGCUGCAGAGGCUGGGCCUGUCCUGCGUCGACCCUAAGUGCAAGGAGCUGGUCAGGCAGUUGCAGCUCAGCCUGACGGUGCUGGCGGGGUCCAUUGAGCGGGCGACGAGCGCGGCGGAGAAGCUAGGCGCCGUCCAUCAGGAGGCGCGGAUGAGCCGGGCAGCAGAGGUGAUGGUGCAGCAUGUGGAGAACCUGAAGAGACAUCACUUGCGGGAGCACACGGAGCUGGAGGAAAUGAAGCGGCUGAUCCAGCAGAACUCCCGCAACCGGCAGCUGGCUGAGAACAGGGAUGACGGAGAGCAGAGAUUGAAACUGCCCCUGAUGCGAACGUUCCAGCAGGCGUCGGCACGUCGGAGAGUCAGCAUCGCCGUCAUUCCCAAACAGCUCAUGCCGCUUCCCAGCCCCGAAAGCGGGCGAGCGCCCGAGGGGGAGGCGGCCAAGGCGGCGUGGGAGAGCAGCCCUAGCACAGAGAGGCGAACCUGCUGCCUCCAGGAGGACUCUCCUGAUGGAUACUUCAUCCUACACUCAGACUCCUCCAGCUCCUUGCACCAAAGCCAGCCGGAGGCAGACAGACUCGAGUGUGAGGGCAACAGAGGCCGCUACGCAGAAGGGAGCGAGCCGGAGCUGCGGAGAAGGGGAAGCACCAGCAAGCCCAUGAAGGAGGAACCUGACGGGGCAUCGGACAGCAGCGGGCUGACGGAGGAGCGGGAGCAGCUUAGUCUGACGUCUACGGCAUGUGGGAAAGAGACCCCCUGGCCUUGGGUCUUUCUGCCCCAGCAUUAUUGGCUUUUCCUGGGGCUGCUUUUCCUGGGGCUCUCAUGUCUGGUUCUGAUGCGGAUUCUGGAGCUGCAGAAACAGCAGCCAGCACCAACCCCCAACUCCUAGCAUGAGAGAGGACGAAGACGCAGCCCGCGAGAGACAGCAUGCCACCCUGGGCUUAAUUUUAAAAAUAAAAUAAUAAAAAUAGGGGGGAAAAGGGGUUUGGAUUUUUGGAGAAACACAAACCUCCCUCCUACAAGCUGCA